AUGAUCGCCCUACACUUUUGCUUCCUGUGCUCCCUCCUUGUGAGCCUACUGAGGGGAUACAAACUGAUGCAUGCACGGGGAGGUGCACAGAUAGCCCCCCAACGGGGCGCACCCAGCAAUGUCGCGCUGCACGCGGCACCCGAUCAGAGGCGAAACUACUACCACUGUGGAGACAACCGCGUAGCACUCGUUACGGGCGCGGGGAGAGGAAUUGGCAGGAGCAUCGCCAAAACGCUGGGCGGCUCGGUGUCCACCGUAUUGUGCAUCAGUCGAACGCAGAAAUCCUGCGAUAACAUCGUGGACGAACUCAAAUCGAUGGGGUGCCAGUCCUCCGGGUACGCCGUGGACUUAGCAGACAAGGACCAAGUAACAGAAUUGAUUAACAAGCUGUUGGCAGAAAACAAAACCAUAGACAUCCUUGUGAACAACGCAGGAAUUACCAGGGAUAAUAUAUCUCUUCGUAUGAGGAGCGAGGAAUGGGAAGAUGUCCUAAGAACGAAUUUAAGUUCGCUGUUUUACGUAACGCAGCCAAUUGCUAAACGGAUGGUUAGCAAUCGUUACGGCCGCAUCAUUAAUAUGUCUAGCAUAGUUGGUCUUACAGGAAACGCAGGUCAAAUUAACUACGCAUCAUCCAAGGCUGGGGUCAUAGGGUUCACGAAAAGCUUAUCCAAAGAACUGGCUUCCAGGAACGUGGCCAAUUUGGUGGCUUUUCUCGCCUCCGAGAUUGCUGCAUACAUUAACGGAAAGGUGUUCGUAAUUGAUGGCGGCUUAUCCACGUGA